GAGCUCCUCUCCUCCCGGUCUGCUUAAUUGCUCCAACUUAUCAUUACGUGCCGACCAGCCUUCCUAGAGCUCGCCCAGAUAGCCAAUUUUGGGGGGGUUUAAUAGACAAAAAAUCUCCCAAUCUUCUUUUUUUCAUAUGAUUCCCCAAGCAAAACGACCGCCUUUUUCUAUUCUUUAACUCUCUAACUCGGUUCGAAAGCUUCAAUUCGGGGUUCUUUUAACUAUUCUCGCAUUCUUUGUUAAACUUCAAUCCUCCUGGUCCUUUUACCUCCAUUCCCCUCUACCAUACUCCGGACCGGACUUUACCUUUCCAUCAACAGCCAGGCUCACCUCCUGGACAUUGAGUCGCUCGUCGCGCCAGACCGAACCAUGUUGGAAGCCACUCGGCGAUGGUUCCGCCGAAACAGGACACCCCUCGCUGUGAGCGUGGGUGUAGUCGGCGCAGGCUAUGUCGUGUCGCAGUAUGUCAUGGGCAAGAUCAACGAUGCGCGUGAGCGCAUGAGCAGCGAUCGCAUCGCCAAGGAGAACCUCCGCCGCCGAUUCGAGCAAAACCAAGAAGACUGCACAUUUACUGUGCUCGCACUCCUCCCCUCGGCGACGACGAAUAUACUCGAGGUCAUGAACACCGAGAAGAUCACCUACGAGAUCCAGAAGAUGAAGGGUCAGACCAAGAGCCUCAAGAGCGGCAGCGGCAGCCCGCCGAGUAUCGCAGAUACCACCAUGACCGAAGACGACGGACGGAGCAUGGUCAGCAGCAGCGUCCAGAGCGAGAGCGGUGUGCACGCGAGCCAGUUGACGGUACCGGCCCCUACGUCGGCUGCCGCGGGAGGGGCCGCCGAGGGUGCGCAACAGGAUGGCGGGGCGGCGGCGGCGCAGAAGAGUCGGAAGUCGAAGAGGCAGUUGUGGGAUGAUCUGACCAUCAGCUCCAUAACAAGAGCGUUCACGCUAUUAUACACCCUCGCGUUGCUGACGAUGCUGACAAGAGUCCAACUCAACCUCCUCGGCCGCCGUAGCUACCUUUCGAGCGUUAUAUCCCUGGCGACCGGCACUGCCCAAGCGACUAUCAGUCUGGAGAACAACGACGACGACGGCCUCGACCAGCCCUACGGCAACGACUUUGAGACGAAUCGCCGCUACCUGACCUUCAGCUGGUGGCUCCUGAACGAGGGGUGGAAGGAGCUCGGCCAGCGCGUCGAGACUGCUGUCCGCCAGGUCUUUGGCCACCUGAGCCCGCGCGACCUGCUCAGCUUCGAGCAAUUCUCGGAGCUGACGCUCGCGGUGCGCAGGGCCGUCGAGGGCGCCACGCCCGAAGAGCGCAGGGCCGCAAAGUGGCUGCCCUACCUCCUCCCGCCACGGGACAAGGAGGACCACGUCCUCCGCGAGUCGGGCAUUCUGGAGGAGAGCACCGUGAUGCUGUCCGAGAGCGCCACGUCCCAGUCUUCGCCCUCAUCGUCGCCUGCCGUGAGAAGGCUGCUCGACGAGACGUCGGAUCUCAUCGAGUCGCCCUCCUUCACGCACGUGCUCACGCUCAUCCUCGAUGCGGGCUUCUCCCUGCUCGUGGAUAAGAAGCUCUCGUCAGCAGCAUUUGAUAAGCCGGACCUCGCCGAGUCGGAGCCGCGCUCGUCGCAGGUGGUUGUACUCUUGCCCAAAAUCCUCUCGGUCCUCACGAGGCAAGCCCACAUCAUUGGCAACGGGAUGCCGAAUGAGUACCUACAGGAGAUGGAGCAAGUCGCCGACCUCGAGGGCUUCGCGGCCGUGGUGUACUCAAGCAACUGGGAGAAUGAGAUCCACCACGACGAGGAGGGCAUUAUGGCGAGCGCCGUCGACGUGAGGGCCAGCGAGGUGCCUCGCGCAAGCCAGGGCACUGCUGCGACUUUCCCAAGUCAGACGCAGGGGACGACGCAGGGCACCGGAGAGGACAGCCUCGUGAUGGUGAAACCGCAGUCUAGCUUUGAGAGCGCAUGGGGGAGGGCGGUGGACAGCAAGUAGGCCUUCCAUCCAAAAUAGAGAGACAUAACAUGUACAUGUGGCCCGAACCUCGAUUGAUGUGUGUUUCGAGGUAUGUGAGCUGAGCUACGACGAUUUUAAUGAUAUUUACGGGCAUACGGACAGGACAGAUGGGAAGGCAAGGGAGGGAG